AUGGAAUCAUCCGCGUCCGGUUCAGGAGAAUCGCAAACUCAAAAAAGAAGUGUUAUUUGGAUGCAUUUCACCAAUAUAUCGGAAGCUAAUGCAAAGUCUAAUCUUUGUAAAAAUAUUUAUUCGCAUAAAAAUGGAAACAUUAGCAAUUUAAGGAAGCAUUUGAAAACUAAAUAUCCGACUCUUUCAUUGGAAGGAGAAAGGGCAAAACGGCGGGUGGAAGACGAAAAUAUGCCUAGGUGCAAAAGGAACUUAGUUUUAGGGGACGGGAGGGCGAAUCUUGGAUAUCCCAAAUAUUGUACACAAAACCAUGUUAAGUAUGGCGAUGAAGGCAACCAGGAUUUCAUGCUCUCCUUGCGUGCGACCAUGUCUGUAUUUGCGCAUGUGCAGGCAGUGAAGUUUACGGAUUUUCCAGUAGAGCUUAUGAUCUUUUCCGGUGGAGGUACAAAGGGAUUCGAGAAAAUCAAGGCAGAUUCGAAGAACUGUGAACGUGGAGGUCUUUUGUUCAAGUGA